AUGGGGUCUUCACAGCUCCGGGAGGAGCACUUCAGGCGCUGCUUCUCCGGCAAGGUCUUCGGUGCGCGGCACCUCUGGGAGGCCUGCGGCUGUGCCUUGAGGCCCACGGACUUCUUUUGCCUCGCGUCCUCCGUGGUGUCGCUGCUGGGCGCGCCUGGGCAAGGGGCCUACGGAGCAGCCAAUGCGGUGCUGGACCGGCUUGCCGAGGCAACGGAAGCCUAG